GCAAGUUGAAUAUAAUUCCAUUACAUCCCAACCGUUUCCUGUUUCGAUUGUUGCCAAAUGCAUCAUCGUCCCUUAUUGCACACCGCCAUUGCAAAGUGCGUGCAAUUUUGCUGCCCUGCGGUAGCUGUGCAAAAGGUGACAGAACAGUUGUCGCACGAGAGUAGACCCAGAUUCCAGGGAAUCGUAAAGAACCGUCUAACCAGCCAAAGAAAGGUAGAUAGCAACGAGAAAAUGAUUGCGCCGAUGUACGUUAAAGGUGCACUGCUGGUGGCAUUGGUUGCGCUAUUCGCGGUGAACGCAGUCCCCACAACAUCAGCAGCAGCUGCUACAAAAUUCGAUGACGCUCUAACGGAAGAUAUUACUACCCAAGAACAGCCGCAAACCACACAGGCACCUCCAGAUGACAAGAAUACGACAACACCAGCAACAACCACAUCUACUACUACUACUACGGAAAGUACAACUACUAGCAGCACCACCACCACUACUCCCAAGCCUACUACCCCUACAACAACCUCCACCACCACCACUACAGUGACCCCUCCAACUACGCCACCAACUACCACCACCACACCCACUACGCCGACUCCCGCGCCAACCCCGACGUCGACGUCGACCGAAACUCCCACCACUCCGGCACCAACACCGGCACCGCACUGUAACCGCUUCGACGCGUACUCCUUCGUCGGUGGUAUGAUCCUUGCCUACGGUUCGCUCGCCAUCUCGCUGGUACUGUACAAAUUUUACAAAACGCACUCGAACGCCGCCGGUAUCGCUAACAACUCAAACAACUACCGCACGCUGUAAACGAACGCGUCCACACGGUUUUCACCACAGUGAGCGUAGUUUUCUUUUUUUUUUUAGUUUAUUUUUGCUUUCCUUUAAUUUUGUCGUCCAUUUUAAGCACUCCUUCCCAAAUGUCCAAAAUCGUGGAAAAAUAAUGGUGGUUACAUAGAAGUAUGACAGUUGGGAAACGUUUAUUUUACAAUCUUAUAGUUUAUCUGUAUCCAAAUCAUUUGAUGAAGUAGUUUAUUGGCCUUGGUAGUUGUCGUUCUGCGAGGUAUUCUUUUCCUAUUCUUCAAUUAUUUUGAUGCCAUUAAUGUUAAGUCGUACACAGGUGGGUGGCACAUGAAAUACAUUUCAUUUAAAUAAGACAUUCUAAUAGGACAGCUUACGUUCAGUGAACCUCUGCUAUUGGUUCCGCUCAGAAUACUAAUUACCUUGCUUUUUUUUUCUUCUUCAAAUUAUUACCAAAGUGCCAGUUAGUAGUCAGAUCAGAUUUACAGUGAAUCCGUACAUCGCGGCCGGUUCUCUAGCGGCUGUUGAAAGUACCGGUACGUGAUGAUGCAUUUAAGCUCCCAGAUAAAAUGGCCGGGCUUCAAAAGAACGAUAUCAAAGCUUUUGUGUUUUUUCUUACUCUCUUAAGUAAUCCAUAACAAUACUUUUGCUGAUCAAUUAUAAACAAAUGAAAAUUCUUAUGAAGAAAAACGUAACGAAAAAAGAAAAAAACCAUUCACACUUUUAGCUUGCGUUCCAAAAUCCAAAUUUUUUAUACCAAAACGUAUCCGCAUUAAUGUAUUAAUUCAUUAUUGUACACUACUUUAAACUCACCUUUAUACGAUAAUUCCUGCAAACAACCAGUCAAAAACGCUACCCCCCCUACGCUAUUUGACCCAGUCCAGUAACAUAAAAAAUUGCUCGAUGAUGAAGAAAUAAUCCCUUAGGCAGCAUAUAAUUGGGAUAUGGGUUUAGUAGAGGAUCGAAAUUGCGUGCACACAUCAUGUCUAUUAUUGCUAAACACACACACACACACACACUGUUGCUCUGCAGUUGGUGCGAAAGAACUAAGCUAAAUUGUUACUGUAAAAAGAAAAUCGUAUGAAAUAAAAAGGCUGAAAUAUCGGAGAUCGCUCUUACAAUGUGUUGUAGCGAGCUAGGAGGAGGAAAAACUAUUGCGUCAAUAAAUUAUCCGCGCACCAGGAAGAGAAAGGUGUGGAUGAUAAAUUGGAAGUCGGUCGCCGUAGAAAUAUUUGUCCGCCGUUUGAUCCGAAUAACGAAUCGUCCAAAAGGAAGUAAGUGCUCUUAAAGUAGAAACUGAAGUGCGGCCAGUGUUGCGUACACUUGAAGCGAUUGUGUACUUAUGUAGACAGUGUCAACGUUAGGGCCAAAUCGUCAAAGCUUUCCAUGGGGUUACAUUCUGGAAUUGUAUGCAAUUGUUCCUCCCGUUCCAUCGAAUCCUAGCUAGCUGUCCUUGUUGGAAUUGUAUUUUUUCUCCAACGAAAGACGAUUUUCAGGAAAAACCCUAAGUUUUCGGAGUUGAAAUUUUGUCACAUGUUGUAAAAAUAAAUAAAUGCUUUUUCGGUCUCACGAUUAACACUUUAUAAUUUCCAAACCGCUGAGCUGAGUAUUAAAACAAACGAUCAUAAGCAUAGGUAACUUGCGAAUGUUGUGCUAACUUUAAUAAACAAAAGGGCGAUCCGUGUCGUUCUGUAAAAUAUUACUGUCGCACAUAGAUUUA